UAUUUUUGGGUGGGGUGGGGGGAGCUAUAGUUAAGGAGCCCCAUUCCCGUACGUUUCCGAUUCCCAAGAAGAUGUGUUGUUCCACACUCCCACCCCCGUCGGAUUCCUCAGCUCAGCUGCAACUUCAUCCAAUCCACCUGGUCAGAACUCCUUAAUUCCCCGGACCCACCUCCCAUUUUCUUGAUCACUCUUCUUUUCUUCUCCUCCCUUUUGGUCUCUCUUCGUCGAGCUCUCUGUGAUUCAUCCAUGGCGUUUGAUCUGGAGUCCGUGUCGGAGGCCACGUCGGGAGCCAUCGGGGCUCUUGUCAGCACGACCGUGCUCUACCCCCUGGACACCUGCAAGACCAAGUACCAGGCCGAGAUUCGGACCGGCCAGCAGCAGAAGUACAGGAAUAUUUCAGAUGUACUCUGGGAAGCGAUAUCUACCCGACAAGUUCUUUCGUUGUAUCAGGGGCUCGGGACGAAGAAUCUCCAGUCUUUUAUUUCGCAGUUCAUCUACUUCUACGGGUACAGCUUCUUUAAGAGGCUGUAUUUGAAGAAAAGCGGGAAGAAAUCUAUUGGCAUGAAGGCAAACUUGAUCAUAGCUGCUGCAGCUGGUGCUUUUAAUGUCGUCAUUACGAUGCCCUUAGAUACUGCAUCUUCGAAAAUGCAAACAAGCGAGUUCGGUAAAUCCAAAGGGCUUUGGAAAAUUCUUUCAGAGGGCACGUUGGGCGAGGCAUUCGAUGGUCUAGGAAUCUCUCUGCUGCUUACAGUAAACCCAUCUAUUCAGUAUACGGUGUUUGAUCAGCUGAAACAGAGAAUGCUGAAGGGGAAGCAGAGUAGCAGAGCAAAAGGCACAGUAUCAUCACCGGAAGCUCUAUCUGCGUUUUCUGCUUUUGCCUUGGGUGCAGUCUCCAAGUGUGUGGCCACUUGCAUCACCUACCCCGCAAUCAGGUGUAAAGUAACGAUCCAAGCUGCCGAGUCAGAAGAAGAACACGAGAUGGAGGAGUAUCAGAAGAAAGCUCGUAGGACUGUCUCGGGGGCCCUCUAUUCCAUCUGGAAAAGUGAAGGCUUGCUGGGGUUCUUCAAAGGUCUGCAGGCCCAGAUUCUGAAGACUGUGCUGAGCUCGGCCCUGCUGCUGAUGGUCAAGGAGAAGAUCACAAGGACCACAUGGGUCCUAAUGCUCGCUCUCAGAAAGUACCUACUUGCCAAUCGUAUCAGAUUGAAGAACACCUGACAGGAAAUAUGCAUCGAUGUCUUGUAAAUGGACCAGCCCUGGAUGGUAGUUGCAGCAGAAAAAUCGAGAGUACAAUCUAAAGAGGCCCGAGUUCUCACAAAGGAAAAUUAGAAUGUAGCAGAAGAAAUUAUUUUUCCACGGGUUUCCUGUGUGACAUUUGUUGUACUUUAUUUGAAUUAGGCAUAAAUAACAUGUGUUUUCUGUUGCUGCGAAAACAUACAGACAUGAGCUUCUUUGCUUUACAGAGCGGAAGGAUGUCAAUUUGUCUGAUAAUCGACAGCAUGAAAGAAUAUCCUAUUAUCCUGGAAGCUGCUGUGGCAGGAAUUCCAUGCUUGCUGGGUGGCAAACUAAAUCAACGAAGAUGUAGAUGCUCGACUUGAGGAGCACCGGCCACUGGUGUCGAGAAAUGUUUGAUGAGACUUAAUCCGAUUACAUGAAA